ACCGAUGAAAACAAACAGUAGCGAUGGCGGCGGUGACGGGAUCCCGGGGGAGGCCGCGCUCGUGAGGCGCCGUCACGGCCCCUGGCAGUUUCCAGCGAAGAAACCAGGUUAGGGGGGCGACCAGCCCGCGGCUUUCUUUGGGCACAAGCGUCUCUCGGACGGCUCUUCUCGGGGGAAAAAGCGUCACUCGGACCGGAGUCUAUUCAUAGCCGAGCCGGAGGCAUUUCUCUUCUGCCUGAACCAAGCCUGGAAAGAGAAGCUGUUGGUGCUUUUCCCCCACACACCCUCCGGGCCCAAUUCUGGUUUGUUUAGCUCGGGGUUAAAAGGCUCCAACCGCGCUCUUCACCCUCUUCCCUCAAGAGCCAAGCUGAAAAUUUAGACUCUUUCGCCUCUUGCGCCUUUCCUGGCUGUAUCCACGCGGAAAUUUAGUCAGUUCAGCCAGUCGCCUACCGAAUGGACAUUGGAGGUUCCUUAGUGCUUUUCCUUCUUAGUUGGACAGAGAAGAUCCCAUUGCAAAAGACACGGGGUUCUCUAGUCUCUGAAACUGAGAAGAUCCUCAACAGGAAGGGAAAAAAGAGGCAUCUUCCAUCCUGUAUCAAGACGGGAGAGGUCGGAGUAAGAGAAGCCAAAUGAAUAUGGCCAAGCAGCAAAGAGGCUAGGAGAAGCCUCUUGGGUUAAUCCCGGGAUGAAACCUCGAAUUGUCACCUCAGUCUCUCUUGCGCAGACUUUCAUAUGCAAUGGAUACUGACCUCAGCUCCCAGGACAGGAAGGACUUGGACAAGUUCAUAAAAUUUUUUGCUUUGAAGACUGUACAGGUAAUUGUGCAGGCCCGACUUGGAGAAAAAAUCUGCACUCGCUCAUCCUCCUCACCAACAGGCUCUGACUGGUUUAACUUGGCAAUCAAAGACAUACCAGAAGUUACUCAUGAAGCAAAAAAAGCUUUGGCAGGACAGCUGCCUGCUGUUGGGCGGUCAAUGUGUGUGGAAAUCUCCCUUAAAACCUCUGAGGGAGAUUCCAUGGAGCUGGAAAUCUGGUGUUUAGAAAUGAAUGAAAAAUGUGAUAAAGAAACCAAAGUUUCCUACACUGUGUAUAAUAGACUAUCUCUACUGCUGAAAUCUUUGCUUGCUAUAACAAGGGUGACACCAGCCUAUAGACUCUCAAGGAAACAAGGUCAUGAAUAUGUCAUAUUGUACAGGGUAUACUUUGGAGAAGUGCAACUGAAUGGCUUGGGAGAAGGAUUUCAGACAGUCCGAGUUGGGACAGUUGGUACUCCACUAGGCACAAUCACUUUGUCAUGUGCCUACAGAAUCAACCUAGCAUUCAUGUCUACCAGGCAGUUUGAGAGGACCCCACCUAUCAUGGGGAUUAUCAUUGAUCACUUUGUGGACCGUCCCUACCCCAGCUCCUCACCCAUGCAUCCCUGCAAUUACAGAACAGGUGAAGAAAAUGCAGUGGCAUAUCCAUCAGUAGAAGAUUCUCAAGAAGUAUGCACGACUUCUUUCUCUACUUCUCCCCCAUCCCAGUGUGUAUUUACUGUCACUAAAGCACAUUUUCAAACUCCUCCUCCUGUGGUGAUGGAUACCUUGAAGGGCCCUAUGAUGGGGCUGGCCUUUUCACCUCAACUCUCCAGCUCUCGUCUUUCUUAUCAGCCUGCAGCCUUGGGAGUUGGAUCAUCUGACUUGGGCUACCCAGUAGUCUUUGCUGGCGGCUUGAGUGCUAUACAUCCUCAUCAGUUGGUAGUUCCAGGAAAAGAGGGAGGAGUACCUAUGAUUCCUAGCCAACCGAUGCAUGGCACCCAGGCAGAUCAUGAGAAAAUAACGACAUGCACUCCCCUGGAUGGAGGCCAUUACUCUGCAGUUACUCCAUCUAGUAGUGAGGAUCCAGAAACCGUAUCUAACAGCAGUGAAGGAAAGAGCGGUUCUCCACGUGAUGCCUUGGAGACCUUCUUUGUUCGAAAGGUGGGCGCCUUUGUCAACAAGCCCAUCAGCCAGGUGACAAUGGCCAGUUUGGACAUUCCUUUUCAAAUGUUUGCUCCCAAGAGCGUUGAACUAGAAGAUAACGAUCCGAUGGUAAAUCCUCCUGAUUCUCCAGAUACAGAGUCUCCCUUACAAGGUAGCCUACACUCAGUGGGUUCCAGUGGCAGCAGCAGUGGGAAUAUCCAUGAUGAAUUUGUUAUGAUAGAUUUUAAGCCAGCAUUUUCUAAAGAUGACAUUAUCCCCAUGGACCUAGGGACUUUCUAUCGUGAAUUUCAGAAUCCUCCUCAACUCAGCAGCCUCUCAAUUGAUAUUGGAGCUCAAUCCAUGGCAGAAGACCUGGACUCACUGCCAGAGAAAUUGGCUGUUCAUGAGAGGAACGUCAAAGAAUUUGAUGCUUUUGUAGAAACCUUACAGUGAAAUUGAACCAAGUAAGAACAGCCUCGGACAUCCUCUUCGGCACUCUGGAAAAGCAGGCCUAUUCAUUUUGUACCUGCCUCCCUUCUGGGUCGUUUAUGUUGCAUCAAUAAUUUCAUUUGCUUUCUGGGCUUUGUCCAAUGCAGAAACAAAUGUGAAUCACUUUGAACUGACCUUGUGGCAAAUUAAUUCAUUUUCCUUCUUGUUACAGUUGGCAUCUGAAACAGUGUAGUGAAGAACAAAAUGAUCACUUUUGCCUUCUAUUCUCUCAUCUGUAAUAAUUUUCUGUUGCUUCUGCUUCCAUCAACUGUUGUCUCUUUUCACUUGAUUCAAUAGAGCCAUCACUUGAAAGGAUCAAAACAAACAGAAUAAUCCAUGCUCAUUGAAUUCUGAAUACUGCAGAAUUAGUCUAUUUUCAGUGAGUGUGUUUCAUAUACUACAACAGGUGAUAAUAUUCACUUCUAAUGUUCUAAAUAAUGGAAACAAAGUGUUGCACAUCUGCAUGCCGAAGUAAGAAAUGAAGACCACAUUUUCCCCCCUGCUGCACAGUUGGGAAUUAAUCCAUAAGAGCAGAAAAAAAGUGCUUUUCAUAUAUUUUUCCACCAACAGAGUAAAAAAACAAUGCCUGCCUAAGGCUGGACAAAAUGUCUUGUUGCUUUUGAAGAAGGUUCAGAGUUCAUGGAACUCAGAAUUAGCAUACAAUUGCUAAUUGUAAAUAUGUUAGUGAUCCUAAUUCUUUAGGAUUACUUAAUUAGGAAUCUUUAGUCCAAAGUUUUUACAGAUGCUGCUGCUCUAUGUUAAGAGAAAUAAGAAAUAUUUAUUAUUCUAAAGGAAACUAUAUUUAAAGAAAAGUUGUAUGUUAUGUUUUCACAUUGUUGUGUGGCCAUAGGCUGCUGUGUUCUUUGUCAAAAGAAUGAGGGCAUCUUCCUUUUUUUUCUAAAACCUAAAACCUAAACCUCUCCAAAAGCAGACAUGUGCUGGAAAAUUUAUCUUUCCCAGAAAUUGACUUGAUUUCAUUCUGCCCUCUUGGAGGGGUCUAGAAAUGUCACAAGGUAUAGUCUCUGGUGUAGUGAAUUUGCAGAGUUCUAAAAAGCUGAGCUCUGUCAUAUUUGUAAAAUAAAUUUAUGUAAUCUGCGAUGAAUUAGAAAGUAACUUGGUAUAAAAGUACAUUUUAUGAGAUUUACGGUACUUGUUUUAUCGUGCAACAUUUUGUUUAAAGUUGUUUUUCUAACGAGUUAGACAUUAAGUAAUGCAAUUGACUGGCAUUUCUAUGUGUUCUGUUUGCUCCAUGUUCCAUGCCAACUAUUAGGGAAGGGAGGAAAAAGACAUCCAUAUGAGUUCAGGGUUAGGCUCUGGACACAAGUUCUUCCUUUUCAUUGUCAAAAAGCAGGCUGAGAAUUCACCUCUAUGCAUUUUUUUAAUGGGAGCAAGCAUCUUUAAAAAACUUUAGGAAGAUAAUUUUUGAGUAAACCUGUUUAGAAUUGAACUGCCAUAUACUGUACUGAAGAAAGAAGAACAUAUCCUCUCAUUCCUUCUGUCUUUCAUCUUAAGAUGCUUUUGUAUGAUUGUUGCCUUUAGAUAUGAAGGAUAUUUACAGUUUAAAAUAAUGGAAUGUUGACUUCCUGAAGUAUAGUGCUCUGCUCUUAAAGGUUUUGCUUGCUUAUGGUCUAAGAUGGGGUGAUGGGGGAGAUUAUUAGGGCAGUAUACAUCUUUCAGAUAGGUUCUGGAAUUUUCUGUUCCUUACUGCUUUGCAGAAAUGAGCAGAAAAUAAAAUAUUUUAUCUUCUAGCAUGUAGUUUAUCUUAAUGGCUCAAGCUGUAAGAAAUUUAUUUAAAUUGACUGAAAAAUAUCUUUUAAAUUUAUUUUUGAAGUAUUUAUGGUAUUGUUAUUCAUUAUUGGUCCACUGAAGAGCACACAUCUAAGUUCAUACCUAAAUUGCUCCUUUCUAUCAGAAUGAUAGAAACAUCAAAACUGCUUUAAAAAUAGAUUUAAAUAGAAAGAGGCUCCAACCCAGUCAUAUCUGCAUAAAAUAGGGCUUGAUUCCCUGAGCCUCUUAGCUUUCUAAUCAAAAUAUUAUUUGAAUAUAGGAAAAAAAGCAUUCCUUGUUAUUCUUAAUGAGAUGUCAUAUGAUGUAGAGCUAUUUGUUUAAAUAAAUUUGGCUUUUCCAGCAUAAACUACAGGAGGGCCUAUUCUUAUAAAUGAUAAUAUUUGGUAAGGAAAUUGCUUGUUUCUACUUUUCCUAAUGUUCCUAAAGUUGCUUCUCUGCCAAAACUGAGAUUUUGUUUUGGCACAUUUACCUUGACAUUCAUGUCGCAACACUUAUUUUGUUCUCCCUUCAUUUUCACAGUAAAAUGCUGGGGCAAUUAAAAAGGAAUUUAGUCAAAUAUAGGUAGCCCUCGACUUACUACCAUUGAUUAUUGACAUUUCAAAGCUAUGAAAAAGUGACGUUAAGGCCCAUCCUGUGAGUUGCAACCAUUGCACCACCACUACUUGUCUUGGAGAUUCAUUGAAUUACCACAUAAUUUGCUUAAAAAUGGACAUAAAGUUGAGUCACUUGAUGAUUCAGUUAACAAUGCAUUACUUAGUGACCAAAAGUCCAGUCCCAAUUGUGGUUGUACGUUGAGAACUACCCAUAACUAUUUAUUCUCAGAGUUCAAAAUUAUGUAGAUAAAAUAAUAUAACUUCAGUAUCUUUGAAUAGAAUUACAAGUUAUUCAUGUUGAUGUUCAUUUCCUGCUCAGGAUUUUUCUUACACUGAAAUAUCUACUGGAUUGUAUUCAUUGCUAUGAUUCUGAUGUUCUAUCAACAGAAUAACCUUUUGAGAACUUCACAGAAUUGGGGUCCUUGCGGGGGCAGGAAACAGCAAGAAAUAUGCUUACAUAAUAUUAUAAGAUGCUGUUGUCUGAGUCUGGGUUCUUUAUUUAUUCUUUGGAGAAAAUCACAUUGGCUUUGUCUAACAUCAAUGUACUUAUCAGGGAUUCAGUUAUAAAUCUUCAAAGAAUACAUUUCGUUCUACUUGCAUUACAGUGCUGUGAAUCAGAAUUUAUACAUAACAGGCAACAUUCAAAUGCGUCAAUUGAAGGAAGAAGGUUCCUCCCCUGCAUUUAUUUGGAAACACUAUUCAAAAUAUUCCACUACACAUCAUACAAUUUCCAAUAAAACUUUUAUGCUACUUUAAA